CUCCCACUCCUCUUUCUGUUAUGGUUAGAGCCAGUUUGCGCUGUUCUGUGAAGGGAGUAGUUCACAGCAUUGUACGAGAUCUUCAGUUUCUUGUCGAUUUCUCGUAUGGAAUAGCCUUAAUUUCUCAGAAUAAGAAUAGACUGAUGAGUUUCAGAAGAAAGUUAUUUAUUUCUGGCCAUUUUGAGCCUGUAAUCGAACCCACAAAUGCUGAUGCUCCAGAUACUCAACUAGUCAAAAGAAAGCCAGUUGUAUUGCUUAUUUAAUCUGACAACAGUUUUCAACUGUGCUAAAAUAAUUGCAAACGGGUUUUCUAAUGAUCAAUUAGCCUUUUAAAAUGAUACACUUGGAUUAGCUAACACAACGUGCCAUUGGAACACAGAAGUGGUGGUUGCUGAUAAUGAGCCUCUCUACGCCUAUGUAGAUAUUCCAUAACAAAUCUGCCAUUUCCAGAUACAAUAGUCAUUUACAACAUUAACAAUGUCUACACUGCAUUUCUGAUCAAUUUGAUGUUAUUUUAAUAGACAAAAAAAUAUGCUUUUCUUUCUAAAACAAUUACAUUUCUAAGUGACCCCAAACUUUUGAACGGAAGUGUAUGUUUUUUUUUCUAUUAUGAAUUUGAGGGAAGCAGUUGAUAAAUAAACCACGUCCUGGCCCAUUUUGAAACUCGUCUACUCACGGACUGAUAAUUAGCUUAUUUGUUCAAUAACAAGCUUGUUCAGUCAUGCGACCUUAAAUCCCCAAAGUAUCCGUUUUAUCCUAGUGGAGAGAGUGGGGGGAAAAAGACAGUUUGAUUAGGGUGUAGUCCUGGGUAGAUUUAGGCUAUGGCAUGUUGUCUUCUUGAGAUUUUCUGUUUCAUUUCUUUCUUUCACGUUAUCUGAUGUUUUUCAGUGGAACAAGUCCCAUUCCUUAUGAUGGACUACCAUAUUAUAGGAUAAUUAGUGUGCUUGUCAGUAAGAACAGUACUGUUAUUCCUUUUAGUAUUUUAUUAUUCCACUUCUUCCCAAUUUUGAUGAUGUAACUACUUAUUGAAAUCUAAUAUGCUUACUUGGGUGUUUGAAAAUAUAUGACAAGAGGCUAUGCAUCUUUGUCCACAUUCAUGUAGGUAGGCUAUGUCAUUGAUUGUAAGUCAUGAAAACGAGAAUAUGCUGUAUUGAAAUGACUGUUAUCCUCAAUUAUUUAGUCAUUAUAGUUGUGUGAAAGCUGCUAGGCAGAGAUGGUAAGGGGUCUCUCAAUAGCUCAUAAACACAAAAGAUCUUGCCUAUGUAUUGUAAGAUGAUAAGUAUCUGCAACUAAUCAGCCCCAACCACCUUUAGAUUUGUUGUGAAGGUGGGGCAACUUGGAGAAAUUAAUUGUUAUAGCAGGAACAUUUUCAAACCCCCUGCACUUGGGGAACAUACCCCCUGCAAUACUUUCUUCAAGACCUAUUUUAAAGGGAUAGUUCACUGACAUGAAUUCAUGUUUAACAAUAUUCUUAGUAGAUCUAAUAUCUCUAUGUUCAUCACACAGUGCACCAGACUGAAUCAUUUAUCUGUUGAAAUUCCACCUCUGGCUUUGGGCCAAUGUCCUGAAAUCCUAGAAACGCCCCUGGUAAACAUGUUCUAUAAGCAGAAGUGUAUGUGUUAUUUGAUGGAUUUGGCCAGCUAAGAAAGGCAGGGGUUUCAUUUGAAACAUUGCCUAAUUGUUUACCAGUAAAUUUGGGCUGAAUUAAUUAUAUUUGUGUCAUCCAUUUCCUGCAAAGCUUUACACCAGCCGGCCUAUACUGUCCAAAUAUUGUUUAAGUCUGAAUUUAAUAGCAUAUAGCCUAUGUUUGUAGUAGGUCUGUGCAUCCUCUACCGAUUUAUGUUUGUUUUUUUAACCUGUGCUUCUUGAAACGAUCUACAAGUCUGGGUGGCAGCAGAGAGCUCUAAGUGAUGCUGCAUUUCCAGACAGCGAUUCGCCACAGACAGAACCGCUUAAGCUGGGCGGAGAAAAAAACUCGCGAGCACACUUCCACUCUGUUUCUACCACUUCGGCGAGAUAGAGUUGCAUAUGUUAGUGAAAUAUGAGUAGAAGAUGUGCCAAAACCUAAACGGAAUUAACCAUAAAACAUCAUUAGGCCUACAGCGUGUUAUGUUAUUGUAGCCUAAUUUGCCGUUUGCAUCUCUAUGCGCUGUUAAAUCCGGUUUAAUAGGGAUUGCUGCAGUUUAUUUGUUUGCAGUUGUGAGAUAAAAGCUCGACUUCUUCUGCCUUUUUUGAUAGGGGUUUCAUUUCUGUUUUUCUGUAGUUGUCAAAGCGGAAUGAAUGACAAAGACAAAGGCGGAUGUUAAUUCGCCAACUCACUUUGUCUCGCCGAAGGAAAGGAGACACAGGCACAAAAUGGAAAGCGGGACGGAGAGCGCCGACAGCGGGCAGGCGAAGCCUCAACAACAGCACCAGUUCGAGCAACAGCCCGUAGUGCAGCCCAUUCAAGUCAACGCAAAGAAAAAAAAUAAUCGGGCUCCAUCACCCGCCAGACCCAAGGAUGUGCCUGGAUGGUCCCUCACCAAGAUCCGUGGAGGAAUCGGUACACCAACACUGAGCGUUAAACCAGGAUCCAUACAUUUAGGCAGCCGGGUGUCCAGGCGUAGUCCGGUUAGCGGGAAAGAGACGAAAUCUGAGAAAGGAAAACUGACGGGAAAAUCCACGGUAUCGGUAGCCAGUGCCCAGAAGAGCAGCAGUAAAUCGAUGAAAGGUGGUCGGAGGAAAGUGUCCGAUGCGAGCAACGCCUCCGACGACCAGAGCAAAGACUCCGGUUGCGCUGCGGGCAAACGUUCGUCAACGGAUAGCAGUUCCGAGCUCUCGGAUUGUGCCUCGGAGGAGAAUAAACUAUCCACGGACGCUCUGAGUAGUGACACCGAAUCCAACAGCCGAGGCGGGGGUCUUGAUGCCGAUAAACCAAGCAGUGACUGCGGACAUGGGCCACCGGAUAGGGGUAGUCGUGGUGACCAUCACGCCAAGACCCCAGUGGAUAAGGACCGAAUCUCCCUGGGAGUGGAGACCGUAGGGGGGAGCAUAUCUCCCGGGGAUGAACGGUCUCUCACCUCGUUCGACAGCCGGGUGCCUGCCAGCACAUCCCUAGCUUUCUCCGACCUGACGGAAGAGUUCGUGGAUGGCAUGCAUGAAGAAUUUGUCAGAGAAAUCGAGGAACUGAGAUCAGAGAACGAUUACCUAAAAGAUGAGAUGGAGGAGCUGCGCUCUGAGAUGUUGGAGAUGAGGGAUAUGUACAUGGAGGAGGAUGUGUACCAGCUGCAGGAGCUGAGGCAACAGUUUGAUCAGGCCAACAAGACCUGCCGCAUCCUGCAGUACCGCCUCCGCAAGGCCGAGAGACGCAGCCUCCGCGUGGCCCAGACGGGACAGGUAGACGGGGAACUCAUCCGGACCCUGGAGCAGGACGUCAAGGUGGCUAAAGACGUGUCCAUCCGGCUGCACAAUGAGUUGGACUCUGUGGAGAAGAAGAGGGGUCGUCUGGAGCAGGAGAACGAGGAGCUGAGGGUCAGGCUCCAGGACCUAGAGGUGGCCAAGCAGGUCCUGCAGGCUGAGAUGGAGAAGCAACGAGAGAACUCUCUGAAGAAGAGAGGCGGUCGGCCAAACAACAAGCCAGAGAAGAAGCCAUCUGUCCAGCAGGAGGACAACUCUGACCUCAAGUGCCAGCUCCAUUUUGCCAAGGAGGAGUCCGUUCUCAUGUGCAAGAAGCUGACCAAGAUGGCCAAGGACAGUGAGGCCAUGCGGGAGGAGCUGGCCAAGUACCGCUCGGUCUACGGCGAUGUGGACGCCUCACUCACCGUGGAGGAGGUCAACGACUCACCCCACACCCGCGAGGCCGAGGUUAGAGUUCACCUGAAGCUGGUGGAGGAGGAAGCCAACCUGCUGAGCCGGCGUAUCGUCGAACUAGAGGUGGAGAACCGUGGCCUACGGGCCGAGAUGGACGACAUGAAGGGCCAGGAGCUGCCUCCAGGGCUGGGAGGCAUGGGAGGCCCUGGAGGAGGAGGUCUGGAUAACGUGAUGGAGCUCCAGAGGCACCUGCAGUUUGUGGAGGAGGAAGCGGAGCUGCUACGGCGCUCGCUGCUGGAGAUGGAGGAGCAGAACAAGCUGCUGAUGAAUGAGAUCAACCGCUACAAGUCGGAGCUGCCGCUGACGUUGGACCCAAACCAGGAUGACUCCUCGUCCAUCUCUCUCCUGGAGGAUGGUCAUGGUGGGGGAGCUCUCAUCAGCACCGAGGCCCCCCAUGAGGAGCUGCUGCAGGCCGCCAGGCUCCAGAUCGGGGAGUUGAGCGGCAAAGUGAAGAAGCUCCAGUACGAGAACCGUGUGUUGCUGUCCAACCUGCAGCGCUGCGACCUGGCCUCCUACCACAGCUCUUCUAGGCCCGCCCUGGAGACCGACGCUGAGGCAGGGGACUCGGCCGAGUGCCUCCCCAGCCAAGCGUGCCGGGAAGGCCCCAUCGGAGGGGAGAACAAGCCCCUGGAGGAGAAGGAGAAGAAGACGUCCACGGGGGUUCCCAUUCACCUGCACGGUAACGUCCCCCUGGGGCUGAAUGACCAUGAGGCCCUGCUGGCCAUGAGGGACCAGGCCCGCCUCAUCUCUACAGCCAUACAGCUGCUGACCGCUUCCGAUUCCAACUGCCCCUCCCUCUCCCUCUACCGCAAGAUCUCCUCCAACUCCUCCGGGGAGACUGCAGAGCCCUGUGUCCCAGAGAAGAGCCAGCAGUCCCAACCCUCGGAGCUCCAGGACCUGCCCCUGGUGGAGGCUCUGACGGGCAGGCUGCGAGCACUGCACACACAGCUCCAGGCCUUCGUGAAGCGAGUGGAGAGCCUUGGCAGCGCCCCUCCUGGGAGGGAGCAGGUGGAGGUGGCAUCCCCCCUGCCUCUACUGUCCGAAGCUGGAGACUCCGUGGUGGAUACGCCCUCUGCCUCACACCCCUGCCCUCCAGACGACCAGGCGGGUGAGAUCACUGCAGGGCAGAAGCAGCCCGACUUUAGGGACCAAUCAGAGCGCGAAGUGAAAGGUCAGGAGGAGGAGGAGGGUGACAGCCACAUUGACAACAACAAGAACCAGGUUAAACAGGAGACGGACACAGCCCUGCAGAUCAGUGAGCUGCAGGCCCUUCUGUUGGAGGCAAGGGACAAUGCUUGCAGGACGCAGGAGGAACUGACUGUGGAGAGGCAGGAGGAACGGAUUGUGGAGAGGCAGGAGGAACGGACUGUGGAGAGGCAGGAGGAACAGACUGUGGAGAGGCAGGAGGAACGGACUGUGGAGAGGCAGGAGGAACGGACUGUGGAGAGGCAGGAGGAACUGACUGUGGAGAGAUGGGAUCACAGAGGCCCCACCCACAGCAGCUCACAGACAUUCACACAGCUGCAGGAGGAGCACCAGAAGGCCCUGACGAGAAGGGACUUCCAGCUACAGAGUCUGAGUCUGCAGACGCGGCUGCAGCAGAAGUUCUGGAGCCAAGAGAGGAACCUGAUGUUGCAGGAGUCCCAGCAGCUCAAGCAGACCCUGCUGCUGCUCAGCCUCAAGCUGCGUUGCUUCCUCAAACAGUGGCGGCUGGGACGCAAGCUGGACACGGAGGCCAAGGAUGUCCUGGAGGUGAACAGCCUGAAGGACCUGUACCUGCUGUUGGAGGAGGAGAGUCUGGCCGCCCACCCCCAACAUGGAGACAACAAGAUUACCUCCGCAGAGGAGCAGCACCUCUGCCCCACCAUCUCCAAGGAGCUCUGUGUGCUGGAGAAGAGCUACACACAGACGAGCGGCGUGAGCAGCACACUGGCGGACCUGAAGGGAGCGCUCCAGGAUCUGAGCGGAGAGCUGCGAGAGGAGCGCCAGGGCUCUCAGGAACUGACCCAGCAGUUUGCCCGCGCUAAGGCCUCCUGGGAGGUGGAGAGGACAGAGCUCAAGAGCCUCAUUACCCAGCUGGAGAGCAAGGCGGGCUUGGCUGCCCUGGCCGGCGGGGAGAAGGACCUCCAAGGACCUCCCGACCUGAAGGUGGCACUGAAGAGGGAGCGUGAGGAGCACCAGCACCUCCUGGCCGACUCAUAUGCCGCCGUCAUGGACCUGACCAAGCAGCUGCAGAUGGGCGAGAGGAACUGGAGCCGUGAGAAGCUGGAGCUCAUAGAGCAUUUCAGUCAGGAGAGGGGCCAGUGGGAGCAGAGGCUACAGUGCAAGAUGUCUCUGCACUACAAAACCACCCCUGAAACAAAAACUGCACUGGACGUUGUUACAAAUGGAACCAAUUUAUCAAGGACCAAGUCCAUGUUGGAGGGUCUGCUGGAGGCCUGUCCUUUCCGUCAGGAGGUCAAUGGUACAGCCAAUGAGGAGGGAGAGAAGGACCGGCCCAGCACCCAGGCCCCUCCCCUUCGAACCCACACAGACCCGGGUGACCUCACCAGGAAGAACUGGAAGUACCUGACCAAUGAGAUGGCUCUGAUGGAGCAGGGUGAUGCCCCCUUCAAGACGUGGGACUGUCCCAGCUCCCCAAACAGUUUCCUGGACCUGGAGAGCAUCCAGAGGAGCUACACGGCCCCCGACAAGACUGGCAUCCGCAUCUACUACAGCCCCCCUACCAUGCGCCGUAUGGAGAGCCGGCUGGCCAAGGAGAAGCAGGACAAACCUCAAGCCCAGCAAGGCCACCUGUCUCGGGCUUCAACUCCCUCAGACGCUGUGGCCCCGGAGGGCCAACCUCCCUCCUCUGCCUCCUCCUCUUCGUCCUAUGACCAGUGGUUGAGCUCUCUGUCCAAGCAGCACAGAGACCUUCUAGAGAACAGCAGCGGUGGCGCGGGGGUGGCGCCCUUCCACGGCCUGGAGAUCUCUGCCAACCUCUCGGACGACAUGAAGGAGAUGACCAACUGCGUGCGCCAGGCCAUCCGCUCCAGCUCUCUGGAGAGGAAGUGCAGCAAGGAUGCGAGCAGCCAGACGGUGGGGGUGUCUAGUCGCUCCACCCAGACGGUCCAGUUUGUGAGCGUGGGGCUGCAGACGGACGGGCUCGGGUCUCGGGGGGUGGGGGGCUUCCACACCAAAUCCUCCUGGUCCCCCCGGCCCUCGUCGUCGCUGGCCUCGGCCCGCUCGCGCCACAUCUCCUCAUCACUGGAUAAGGUGCACAGCCGCAUCGACAGGCCCUGUUGCUCACCCAAGUUUGGCUCCCCCAAGCUACAGCGACGCAUUUCUGCCUCCUCCUCCAAGCUGGACGGAGGAGGAUUGUCCUCGGCUUCAUCCAGAGACCGCAGCCUGUGGAACCUCCACCAGCGGUCCUCGACCUCCAGCGGCUCGGCCUGGGCCCGUUCCACAACCACCAGGGACAGCCCCGUGCUCAGCGGCCUCAACGAUGGCCUGUCCAGCCUGUUCAGCGUGGUGGAACACUCCGGCAGCGUAGAGUCCCUGUGGAAGAGUGAGCCAGGGGCCAGCCCAGCCCGCCAGGCAGCAGGGAAGCCCUCUGGCCCUGGACCAGACACCGGAGCCCAGAAAUAUGGCCCUUUCCAGGAGUUUUUCAGGAACGUGUGUGGCCGGACCGGAACGACCAUGCCCGGGGGAGGGGAGAGGGGGCAGAGGGAGGUGGGGGCCAUGGAUGAGCCCAAGCCUGAGUGCCUCUCCGGGGUUUCGCUGGUGGGGAACGACAGCGUCACCAAGAUCGUCAACAAGAGGUUCAUGAGACAGAUGCCCAGGGAGGAGUUGGGGGCCACUGCUAACGAUCUCACUGCCAAGGACCUGACCUUGAGCUCCAGCAUGGAGGAUGCAGCGUGUGAUUGCAACUCCCAGUCUCUUACAUCCUGCUUCGCCCGGCCCUCCCGCUCAGCCACACGCCAUUCACUGGGCCACUGCAUGCACCGCUCUCAGGAGCCUCCCACGGCCACGGAGGAGAGAGUGGAUGCAGGCAAUGAGUGAUGGAUCAGUGAGAACACACACACACAUACUGCCUCACCAACACACUGCCACAUAAGCUACAGUACUGUCACAAAACGUAGACACAAACAUCUUGGCUACACCAACACACUGCUACAUACAUACUGUACAUACACAAUCCCUCACAAACUGCCACACAGAACCACUGUCACAUGCACACACACACACACACACACACACACACACACACACACACACACACACACACACACACACACACACACACACACACACACACACACACACACACACACACACUUCUGGAAUUGGAACUCAACCCAAGCAGCACAUUCUAAUGCCAAGGAUAUAGGAAGACCAGAAUCUCCUAGGAUUCCUCUUUGAGCACCAGAACCACUACCAACUACCAGCAGGACAACAACCUCACACACAACACACAUACUGGAACAGUAAUGACACACUACUUCCUAUAUACUGCAGUAUUUAGGGAAUAGGGUGCUAUUUUGCACACAAACAGUUUGUGGAAACGACCACCUAGGAAUUCAGACAGUCUUAUAUGAUGUCAGAACCCACAACACUCUACUUUACCUAUUUUUGGAAUUGCAUAGGGAAAACACACUGGGCUACUAGAUUUCUACAAUGUGGAUCUUCCCAACCGACAGGGAUAUGAGGUGGUUUGUUAGCUGCUCCCAUUCCAAAUACCAAUCCUAUUCCCAGUCCAAUUCCCUAGCCAGCACCAGUCCCUUCCCAACCCAGCAUCUGGAGAGCUCUGUCCAAGCCUCCUCCCUAACACCAAGCAGAGGAUUCUACUGGUGUGGACCGCCUCUCGCCAUUAUCAACCAACAACCAUAAAAAAGACAUCUCAUCAACGUAUGUUCAUUUUUUUAAUGUCAACUGCCUCCCUGUUGUUUUUCUGAAAGCCUUUCAUCCAAUGAAGGGGUAGGACAUUUACGUCCUUAUGUUACGUAUGAUAUGAUGAUUCUAUGUUUUCUAAAGGUUGUUUGAAUGUUUGUAAUCUGCCUGUUGUUGGCACACAUUGAGAGGAUGGUGGUUAAGACUCUGAGACCCUAUGAGUUUUGUCUCGUGUGUGUACUAUACUGUAGGAUGUAGAUGUAUAAGAGGAUCCCAGCUGUAAAGAUAACUCCCUGCCAGGAAAAAACACAAACUUGUCCCAUUUUGAGAGACAAUGCAUUCCUUUGUUACGUUACAAUUCCAAUUACACUCUGGCUAAUCUGUUAACGUGUGAGUGUGUGUGCGUGCGUGCACGGUGUGUUUGUGAGUGACAGAAUGCUCAUUCCAGAAUGCCUUUGCAGCAUUCCCAUAUAGUGAAGGCUGUUGUUGUUGCACAGUGUUUCUGCUUUAUCCUCAGCCAUCGACUGUCUGUGUUCCUGACCUCUUGUCUCCUGCUUUAAAUGUAACAGGACACAAUGUCCUCUACAGAAGGUUAGCUCCUUCCUUUUCUCGUGUCACCACUGAAGUCUUGAGAUAUUGUUCAGUACCAGUCAAAGGUUUGGACACGCUACUCUUUCUAGGGUUUUUCUUUAUUUUUACUAUUUUCUACAUUGUAGAGUAAUAGUGAAGACAUCAGAAUUAUGCAAUAACACAAAUGGAAUCAUGUAGUAACCAAAAAAGUGUUAUACAAAUCAAAAAUAUAUUUUAGAUUCUUCAAAGUAGCCACCCUUUGUCUUGACAGCUUUGCACACUCUUUGCAUUCUCUCAACCAGCUUAAUGAGGAAUGCUUUUCCAACAGUCUGGAAAGAGUUCCUACAUAUUAGAGUGCUUGUUAGCUGCUUUUCCUUCAUUCUGCAGUCCAACUCAUCCAGAACCAUCUCAAUUGAGUUGAGGUCGGGUGAUUGUGGAGGCCAGGUCAUCUGAUGCAGCACUCCAUCACACUCCUUCUUGGUCAAAUAGACCUUAAACAGCCUGGAGGUGUGUUGGGUCAUUGUCCUGUUGAAAAACAAAUGAUAGUCCCAAUAAGCGCAAACCAGAUGGGAUGGUGUAUUGCUGCAGAAUGCUGUGGUAGCCAUGCUGGGUAAGUGUGCCUUGAAUUCUAAAUAAAUCACAGACAGUGUCACCAGCAAAGCACCAUCACACCUCCUCCUCCAUGCUUCACGGUGGGAACCACACAUGUGGAGAUCAUCCGUUCACCUACUCUGCGUCUCACAAAGACAAGGAGGUUGGAACGAAAAAUCUCAAAAUUUGACUCAUCAGACCAAAGUACAAGUUUCCACCAGUCUAAUGUCCAAUGCUCGUGUUUCUUGGCCCAAGCAAAUAUCUUAUUUUUAUUAGUGUCCUUUAGUAGUGGUUUCUUUGCAGAAAUUUGACCAUGAAGGCCUGAUUCACGCAGUCUCCUCUGAACAGUUGAUGUUGAGAUGUGUCUGUUACUUGAACUCUGUGAGGCAUUUAUUUGGGCUGCAAUCAGAGGUGCAGUUAGCUCUAAUGAACUUAUCCUCUGCAGCAGAGGUAACUCUGGGUCUUCCUUUCCUGUGGCGGUCCUCAUGAGAGCCAGUUUCAUCAUAGCGCUUGAUGGUUUUUGCGACUGCACUUGAAGAAAUGUUCAAAGUUCUUGACAUUUUCCAGAUUGACUGACCUUCAUGUCUUAAAGUAAUGAUGGACUGUUGUUUCUUUUUGCUUAUUUGAGCUGUUCUUAACAUAAUAUGGACUUGGUAUUUUACCAAAUAGGUCUAUCUUCUGUAUACCACCCUUACCUUGUCACAACACAACUGAUUGGCUCAAACGCAUUAAGAAGGAAAGAAAUUCUACAAAUUAACUUUUAGCAAGGCACGCCUGUUAAUUGAAAUGCAUUCCAGGUGACUACCCAAUGAAGCUGGUUGAGAGAAUGACAAAAGUGAGCAAAGCUGUCAAGGCAAAUGGUAGCUAUUUUGAAUUAUCUUAAAUUUAAAAUUAAAUUUGAUUUGUUUAACACUUUUGUGGUUAUUACAUGAUUCCAUAUGUGUUAUUUCAUAGUUUGAUGUCUUCACUGUUAUUCUUCAAUGUAAAAAAUAAAGAAAAACCCUUGAAUGAGUAGGUGUGUCCAAACCUUUGACUGGUUCUGUAUGUGUGAUGUUUCUUAUGAAAAAACAACAUUGUGAAAAUGGAGGGAACAAAGGCCUCAGUUGUGAAGAGAGUUUGUUGUACCUUUAAAUGAAGUCAGAGUCUGAGAAGUUGUCUAGUUAGAUUUGGUGUAUUCCAUCUAUUUCAGUGUCUCUAAGGUCUGAUAGAUGUCAAUCAGUCUGUUAAUAUGGGGACUGUUGUGGUGUGGACUUUGAAGUGCCUGUUAGACGAGGUCAGCAUGCACCAAACCGCCCUUCAGAACAACAACCCCAGACCUUUUCAACAGACACCAGUGUUCAUGUAAUCAUUUUAGACACAACCUGUACUCUAUAGUACAUCAUUCUGAAGUAACACGCCAUCACCAACUCUGAAAAGCAGAGAGAGAGAGCGAAUGGUUUACUUUCUUUUGAUACCAAGGAACUUUUUUCAGAGAAGUAAAUUAUUUUUAUUUGUUUUUUUUAUAAAUGUUUAUAUAUAUAGAUAUAUAUAUAUAUAUAUGCUUGUUUUUCUCUCGGAUUGCAAUGGUGCUGGACUAAUAGUGCAGAUUCUGUUAUUUUAAAAAGUGCUUUUUACAAUGCUUUUAUGUAAGAGAAAUUACUCAGCUUUGCUAUAUUGGCACAUAGUAUUCUUUUUAAAUGGCUAUUGGUUAGGAGUCAGUCCCUGGCAGGUGCCUUAAUGAUGAGCAUGUCACUGUCGUAAAAACGGAUUUGGCCGCUACCCGAGAGCCUCACUGAUCAUGCAACAGGCACAUACACACACCACUCUCUCUCGCUCUCUCUCUUUCCCUCCCUAGAAUCUGAGUUAGCAUGGGCAGUCAGCAGGCUCUUUUGUCUGUUUCUUCUUGUUGUAAGAAGGAAAUUAUGACUCGUCUCUUUAAAUAGGGAAUUACAGUAGUAGGUCUCUCAGUCUUUAAAUGUACUUGUGGUUCAAACCCACAAUUUCUCACAGGCCCAGCCAUCCAACCACUGACGAGCUUGAUUCCAGUCCACACAGACAGACUUAACUGGUCUGGUUCCUCCUGCCUUUGAUAAAAGCUGCUGCCAUACCCGUUCCGCUACCUCCCUGGCCUCCUCUGCCCUUUGACCUGGAAUAACUAAAUGCAAGGCUGUCACUUGUACCUACCUACCUGCCCGAGGCCCACCAUGUUUGUUGUGUUGUCAGUAAGAAGGUCACUAGAGUGCCUUUCUAAAAUAAAAAGGUAUUGGUGAGCAGCAGCAGUUAGCAAAACAAAGUGUUACACAGUAUCCAAAACCACUUGGCUGUUCUACGUUCCUAAAACAAGUAACUGAGCACAUGAAUGGAAGUGAAGUCAUAAUUAUGUACAUUUUAAAAGGGAACUGAAAAUAUGAUGAUAUGCUUCUUCUUAAUACACUUCGGGUUUUAUGUUUACAGUAAAGAUCUUUCCGAUUGUUUUUUAAAUAGUUUCGGUCUAAUAUAGCCUUUCUACCUGUCUGUCAAGUACAUAUGUUAGGCCCCUCUCCCUCAGGUAACAGUAGCUGGUCCCACAGCAGGUAGCCAAUGACAGGAGAGAGUCUUGGUUCAGUUUAAAGCAACGGUCCAAUCAGAGAGAGAGAUACUGCUAGGCAUGAGAGGGCAAUGCCACUGUACCAUGUCAUUGUUCAUCUAUCCUUAAGCAAACUGCAUGAUGUCACCUCCCCAUCCACAAUGUCUAGCAAUAUGUACACGAAUUCUUAGCUUACGCUGUUAAUAAUAUUAGCUAAAUUAUUACUGAAAGAUUGCCUGUAUAUUCACUUUAUAUAUUUCCUUUCUUUCUAAUACACUGACUCUUGGGCAAAAAGAGAAUGCAAUGACUGAAAAUGAAACAAAAAAAUAAUUGCUUGUAUUGUUACUUGAAAAGAAUACAUCAACAUUAUUUGUACUCUUUCUAUCCUUGCGUAGAGAAUAAAGCUGAAUAUCUACUGUAGCUAUGAGCUGACUGUUGAAGUAUGUAGCUCUCUCCCUUUCUACAGACACUGUCUUUGUACAUAGACUCAUUUUAAAAAAGAAAGUAAAAGAAAGAUAAGAAAUGGAACAGGAUUGAGAUUUUUAGGGGGUUUGGGGGUUGUUCUUUUCCAACCAUUUACCCUGUUCAGCUGAGAUCUCAUUUCCUUCUGUUUGUCAUAUAGACCACAAAUAAAUGUUUGUUGAAAAUAAAGAAUCUAUUCUCUCAUCA